AUGACAAGUAAUAAUGAUUUUAAUUCAUUAUUAUCACAAUUACAAGAACUUGAAAAAUCAAAAAAUUAUUUAACUAUUGGUAAUACAUUAGAUCGUCGUUUUGAUUCAAAAAUGAAUGAUAUUAUUAGAAAAUGGAUAUCAAAUGAUAGAUUAUCGAAUGAAGAAAACCAAUUUAUUGAUUUAUAUUCUAAUCUUCAAUUAUAUUUUGUUGAAUAUUGUUUUUUUGAUUCACAAUCAACAAUAAAUAAUGAAGAUAUUAUUGAAUUAUUUCGUACAUGUUUAUUUCGAGCAAAACAAAUUGAUGAUUUAAAACAAGCUGUUAUAUUUAUUCGUGAUGAACAACCAUCUAAUGAUAAUAUAAAUGAAGAAGAUGAAAUGUUAAUUUAUCUUAUGCGUAUGCUUGAUGCACGAUCACUUGCAUAUCGAUUAUGUUUUAAAGAACUUACUCUACCUCCAAGAAAUCUUAAUAAUGAACUUAAUUUAUGUCUUACUCAUCUUCAUGCUAAAAAUUAUUUAUAUAAUAUGAAAUCAAAUAAUAAUACAAAUAAAAAUAUGUAUAUAAGUUAUCGUCAUCAAUUUUUUAUUGGAUGUUGUACAUUUGCUGUUGCAUUAUUUGAUGAAAAUAAACAUAGUUUAAAAAAUGAUGAUAAUAAAAAAUAUAUUUGUUUACUCGCAAAAUAUAUUCGAAUUGUAUUAAAUAUAAAAGAUUUCGAACAAAAUAAAUCAUUUCUUUAUUGUCUUCGUGGUAUUCUUGCUUUACUUACUAAUUGUGUUCCAACAGAAAAUUGGAUGCAUAUUAUUAAUAGAGCAUUAGCAAAUCCAAAUGAUGAUGAUGCGCAACAAGCAAAUCCAUUUAAUAUUGAUCUAUUUUCUUUAAUAAUUGUUCGAUUAUUAGGAUCAAAAACUCUUCGCGAUAAAGCAAUACGAUCUGAUUCAAAUGAUAUUAUUUCAUUAGUUGAUGUAGCACUUAUAUUUCUUAAUAAAUGGUAUGCUACAUCAAGAGAUCUGGAUGAUGAUGAUGAUGAUGGUGAUGAUGGAAAUAAUAAUACAUCUUCGUUAUCGGAUGAACCAAAUCAAGUUCUUCGUUUAUUGCGUUCGAGUAUAGUGGUAGAUGGGAAAUUAACUACAUUGGUAGAUGAAAACUUGAAUACAUCACGAAAAACAAAUCGUAAUAAAGAUCGACAAUUAAAUACAUCUCAAAUAAUAAUUCCUUAUAUUGAUGCAAAAUAUGAUCGUAUUCGUUUAAUGGCUAUGUCAAUAUUAUCAACUAUAAUGAAUUAUCAAGAUUUUAAAGAUUUACAAGAGAAAAAACCCAAUAUGGCUAAAGAUAUAGUAAAACUUAUAUUUGAUUUUAUUGAUCGAGCAAUUGCUCAAGGAACUCUUCAAUAUAGAGGAAUAUCAUUCGAACUACUUCUUCGUUAUUUACUUCGAUUUCUUGUUCAAGAUUUUGUUAAAAAACAAACGAUUCCAUAUAUACCAAAAAUAAUUACUUAUGCAGAACAGCGUCAUUUAAAUGCACUUAAAAUUCUUCGUAAAAUUUCUUCAUCACCAGAUAUGAAACAAGAUUUAAGAAAUAAUUCCGAAUUAAAAGAAUUUUUAACAACUAAAGCUAAUGCUUUAUUUGCUAGUGAUCCAAGAAUGAAAAAAAUUAUCGAACAAAUUCGUCAAAAUCUUGCACCAGAACAACAAAGCGAGCCUUCAACACCAAUUGAUACUACUAGUCGACAAGCAUUUAUUUCCUAUUGUCAUCGUGAUAAAUAUCAAUGUGAUAAAUUUGUUCAAGCAUUACGUGAAGCCAAGCUUUUUACAAAUAUUUGGGUUGAUACGAGUUAUAUGAAAGAUGACAUGGUUGAUACAAUAACAAGUGCUAUUCGUCAAUCGAAAGUUGUUUUUGUUCUUCUUAGUGAUGAAUAUUGUAAAUCUGAUUUUUGUCGACGCGAAUGGCAAUUUACUAUUACUAAAAAAAUUAAAGUUUAUCCUGUUUUUGUUCAAGAAGAUUUUAAAAGAGAAGCUUUUGAUUGGGUUGUAUUCAAUAUUGGUCACAAUCAUUUUUAUAAAAUUUAUAAAAAUGAUGAAUUACAACGUUUAAUUAAGAAUUUACAUAGUGAUAGUGAUGAACAUCGAAAAUUACCAAAUAAAACAGUUCGUUUAAGUAUAUCACAAACAUCAGUGCCAGAAACAAUAGAAACUAAUUCAUUAAAUAAAAACAAAAAUUCGAAAAAAAAAUCAAUAGCUAAUUGGACAUCCCACGAUAUUCAAGAUUGGUGUCGUAAAAACAACCUUGAAAAAUGGUGUGAACCGUUAGCUCAUUAUCAUGGUCAAGCUUUAAUUGAACUAAGCAGAAUUUUAGAGAAUGAUACAAAUCUACAACAUAUUUCCAAUGGACAUGAUAUUACUGUGAUGGAUGUAGUUCUAUUUAAAUGUGAACUCCGUAAAUUAUUAUUACAAAGAAAAACAAGACGUAAACAACCCAAGAAAAAAAACGUAAUAGAACAUCAUUCCACAAACAUAUCAACUAAAUAA